UAGAAAUUAUCAGAUCCUUUCUACGAUAUUUUGUGAAACAAAUGGACAGAAAGAACACUGUAGAUCAGCAUUUUCUACGAUAUCCUGUGAAAGAAAUGGAUAGAAAGAACUCUGUAGAUUAGACGAAUAAAAUACUAGAACAGACCACUCCUCGUGAUAUGCAACAUGGAAAUAUCUCUCCUCCAAAUAAAUUGAAAUUUUUAUUUUGAAAUUUAUUUAUUUCCAAAAGUACAAAACAACAAGCAGUAUGCAGUAAAACAUGAUACAAUAUGAUAUAAUACAAAAAUAAUGUUUUCAACAUUUUAAACUAAAAAUCAAUACACUUCGGAAACAAUAUAGUACCCGCAAAGAAAAAACUGAGCGCGGAUACGAGUUGCUUUUUUAUCGUAUAGCAGUGUGAUUUUAGACGUAUGAAUUUUUCCAAGAAAGCUACGUCUACGAUGUUUAGUGCUGAGUUCAGUAAGAUUGAACCUUGUGAAAAUUUGGAAGAAAAACUUCAACGAUAAUGACUUCCUUUAAAAGAAUAGUUAGAAGAAUGCGUGUCAAAUCGAAUAUAAAACCAGGAGGGAAAGAACUGAUAGUGAAACCCUCCAAUAUCAGAAUCUGGAUUCAUGACAGAGAUCUGGGUCGGCUUCAACAGGUUCUAUGGGAAGGUCAUGGAGAUAAAUUACUAUUAGAAACUAGCCAUCAUCCCCUGGUCAAAAGGUUCCUAUCUGCCGUGCCUUAUAUUAUGGGAACUAUACGAGAAGUCCACACAGCAGCUAUAGAUAAUGAUGUGAUAAUUUUGAGAAAAAAUAGUCAAGACCCUAUUCCUAGAGAAAUUUUGAAAAGCAGAGAUUCAAAAGGGCUCACACCACUACAUAAGGCUGCAGGACUGAGCAACGAAGCAGUAGUAAGAGAAAUCCUUCUGAGGUGUCCUGAGUCCUUAAAUCUGCAGGAUAAGGAAGGAAGGACAGCCCUACAUUACGCCGCCAUUUUGAGAGACGAUGGUCACAUGUAUGGCAUUUUGAAACAGGCUGGAGCCAGAGAAGAGCUACUAGAUAAGAAAGGCCGACCCCCAGGUUACUACCAGGUGCGACCCAAGGACCUCUUAGACAAUCCCCUGGUUCUGAAGGAACGACCAGAGGCGCCCAGAACUGCAUCAAUCAUCCCCCCCGCCUGGGACUGGAGACUGUUACAUUCUCCGGAUUCCGGUGCAUCCAGUUCCAGUGACAGCUAUUACGAAACCAAGAGGGAGGCGGUGCCACAGAGGGGCGGCGGGAUGAGUCACAACAAUAACGGAGACAGUGCCUUUGAGGAUAUGGGAUUGGAAGAGGGACAUGAUAAUCAGAGAUUUAUAGAAGCGGAACGAGGUUUGAACGGAUUCCCGGGCGACAAACGUGAGCCGGACGAAGGAGGGGAAGAUGAAGGGCUCGAACGGGACUACGAAGUGGUGGGAGGUGGAGGAGGAGGAGGAGGAGGAGGAGGAGGAGGAGGAGGAGAAAGAUCACCACAAAGAAAAAUGGCGAACGGCGACCAUGAAGGAGAGGAGAAUGGUGUCAAAAAUGGGGGUGUGGGCGUGGCCUCCGAUUUGCGACGCUCUGAUUGGCGCAACGUGACCAAUCGCCAGCAGCCGAAGCCGUCCCCCCUCCACCAUCCAAACACCAAUGCCAUCUACAACCACACUAGUCAGCUGUUUGGCAGUAUACCGGGGGGAACCCCUACAAUGCAUCGUAAUGGAACAGAUAGUGGAAGCAGCGCCGGACGAACCAUGGUGGACGAAGAGGUACAGAACAUGGCGGACAGUGGAGACCUGGAAGGUCUGGCAGACCUGGUGCUGAGGGGUCAGGGAGACCGGCUGCUCAGAUGUAGGAGCAGACUGCCCGAUGUACAGAUGUUCAUAGACAAUGUGCCAACUUACAUGGCAAAAAUCAAAGCAGUUCAUGCCUAUGCUAGAGAGGGAAGUCUGAGAGGAGUGCAAACUGCCCUAGAUAGACGCAAAUUUGCUGUUUCAAGAGAGAGAGGGGGUCUCACACCUCUACAUGAAGCUGUACUCUAUGGAAGGGCAUCGGUACUAAGGUACCUGGCGGCUAGAUUCCCAGAGACCCUACAUUGUACGGAUCUCAUGGGAAGAACUGCUCUGCAUUAUGCCGCCACUAUACCUGAUAACGGCCACUUCUACAAUGUUCUACUCACUUUGGGAGCCGAUAAAAAUGUUCUAGAUAAUCUUGCCAAGACGCCGGAGCACUAUCUGAAAAAUCCUGGAGAAAUUAGUCACGCGCAACUUCUAAGAGAAUUCGAGAAAGGAACUCGAAGUGAAUUCAAGCCAGCCUCGGCCAACCGUGAUGAUUCAGAUCGUUUGAUAUCUGAUGAUCAAGCUACCGCUGUAAUCCAGCAAGGCUUUCCAGUUUUUGGAGCAGAAGAUGGAAAAUAUUUGGCCAGCUCUGUAGGUGACCCCCUCAUCAAAGGCCUAUCAGAAGUGGCUCAAAUCCGGCCUCCAGAGCCCGUCAUAUAUCUGGCCAACUACCUGACUCACUACGCUACCGAGAACGGUCAUGACCUUGAAAACAAUCGUGACCUUGAGAACGAUGGUGACCUUGACCUAGGAGACGACCUUGGAGAUCGAUUGAGGGUUGGAGACUCAGCUGGGAGAGAGAGACGGAGAAGUAUUGUUGUGCUGCCUGAAGAUGGGAUGAUGGGGGGCAGGGAGGCUGUGUCCCAGGAAAACCACAGGAAACUCUCCCACACCAGCAUGGACGCAGACAGUCUAGAUCCCACUGACCCACCGCUGGAAAACCUUCGGAAGAGUCCCCGUUUCGUGACGUCACCCAUGCACCGGGAAACCACUUUCUCGACUAGUCUUGACGAUGAAACAGCUCCCGCUGCAAGAUUCCUGGGCAGCGGACGUCCAGGAUUUGCAGACAACAGAUUCUCAGGAACUCCUGCAGAAACCCGGUUCCCAGGGGGCAGUGCAAGACCUCGGAGACCUGAAGAAGAAGACGAAGGGGAGUUUAGUGAUAAGGAGGACAAUGAUGAGGAGGAGGAGGGAGGAGGAUUGAGAGGAGGAGGUGGAGGAGGAGGAGGAUUUAUGAAUGGUUCCCCAGAUCAGAUGAUGGUUAAAGAGACUGCGUUCAAAGCUGCUACCAGGGACGAACACGGCCAAACAAUGUUGCACUUCGCUGCAACCAGGGCACACGGUCGCAACGGAAUGCUGCAACUGUUGCAAGAGGUCGAUUGCAACGUUGCAUUGCGGGACGAACUGUAUCGAACUGCCAGAGACGUUGCGCAACAGGUCGACAUACAGGACAAUGUGGUCGCUAUAGAUCGAUAUGUCGUAUCUUUGGCAGCUAAAGGUGAGACUGAUAAACUAGAAGAGCUUCUACUGGAGGGAUAUGAUCAUAUCCUUGAUGCUGAAGAUGAUGGAGAGAAAAUAGUUGAAGUAGCCGCCGCCAGAGGUCAGCGUAAUACGUUGGCAUUCCUACAGUCCAUUCCACUGUUUGAGGAGCGAAGAGACCUUCUCCAUAGAGCAAUAAGAGCAGGAGAAACCAGCAGAACGGAGGAGAUAAUACGCUACCACCAGAGCAGUGGGCCUACACUGGCUGCCUCCAAGAACCAAUAUGGCCGCUGCAGUCUACACAUAGCAGUUCUGGGUCAGCAUCAGGCGAUAGUCAGCCAUAUUGCUAGCCACUAUCCUCAGACUCUGCAUAUAGGCGAUAAUUUGAUGAGGACCCCUCUACACUACGCCAUGGGGGUGGAUAAGGUUGAAAUUUUGAGUAGAGCCUUGAUAACUGCUGGGGCCCAGAGGACUGUCAAAGAUCUGAAAGGACGCCAACCCAGCUAUUACUUCAUGAACAAAUCGGAAAUCCAGGUUUUACAAGAGGAAGAGGACAAUUUUCUAGAACAAGGAGUGGAAGAUGAUUUGGAUAGUUGAAGAGUCUGAAGAUCAACGAA